CUCAGAUUUCCCCCCCGCGUCAUGCAGCUGUGGAGAACAUUUCCAGAAUCUAUCUUCAUAGUGCGGAAGCCAGAAUCCGAUCUUCACACAACGAGGACAUCACAAUGGCGCCACCACACUGUCGGAUUCUGGGGUGUAGCGUGUUAGGGCUUAUUCGGCUGGGGCUUUAGUCGGAUACUGAAUUUCUCGUAGAUCACGAGGAUCUCCCUAUAGUGCCCUUUAUAUAUACGUCUGGGUCUUCCUGGGUUUUCUUCUCUCUCCAGCAGCAUCCUUUGAUACCCAGAUCAGCCUUGAUCCAAUAUAUUCAAGAGAAACAGGAACAUCAAACAUCGAACUCAUUUCUUUCAUUCACAAUGGCCCCAGUUGCUGUUGCCCCAGAGACCCCGGUGUUCAACACCAAGCGGGAUGGACAGGCUCUCGAGGAGACCUCCGACGCCAUCGACACCGUCAACGUCCUCAAGCAGAACAUCAAGCAAGAAGACAAGGACAUCUACGCCGAGUCUGAAUUUGACAAGAACAAGGACAAAACCAAGUUCCGUCAAUACGAGGAUGCCUGCGACCGUGUCAAGAACUUCUACAAGGAGCAGCACACCAAGCAGACUGUCGCUUACAACCUGAAGGCCCGUCACGCCUUCCACUCCAAGACCCGCGCCGAGAUGACCAUCUGGGAGGCCAUGGAGAAGCUCAACACCCUCAUUGACGAGUCCGACCCCGACACCAGCCUCUCUCAGAUCGAACACCUUCUUCAGUCCGCUGAGGCCAUCCGCCGCGAUGGCAAGCCCCGCUGGAUGCAGCUCACCGGUCUCAUCCACGACCUGGGCAAGCUGCUCUACUUCUUCGACGCCCAAGGCCAGUGGGAUGUCGUCGGCGACACCUUCCCCGUCGGCCUCGCUUUCGAUGACCGCAUCAUCUACGGCACCGAGUCCUUCAAGGAGAACCCUGACUAUGGCCACGAGGUCUACAGCACCAAGUACGGUAUCUACAGCCCCGGUUGUGGCCUGGACAAGGUCAUGCUCUCCUGGGGUCAUGACGAGUACCUCUACCACGUUGUCAAGGACCAGUCCACUCUCCCUGACGAGGCCCUGGCUAUCAUCCGCUACCACUCCUUCUACCCCUGGCACAAUGCCGGCGCAUACCAGGAGCUGAUGAACGACCACGAUAAGGAGAUGCUCAAGGCCGUCAAGGCCUUCAACCCCUACGACCUGUACAGCAAGAGCGACGACGUUCCCACCGUCGACGAGCUCAAGCCAUACUACCUGGAACUCAUCGACGAAUUCUUCCCCAACAAGGUCAUCAAGUGGUAAAUGUGGUCCCAGCGCUCGGAUUGUC